AUGAUACAAGUAAUUUCCAUCAUUCUACGGGCACUGCUCUACUUCUCGUUUCUCAGCUUCGCAUACCUCGUUUUCAACUCCGUUUACAACCUCCUAUUCCACCCCCUGCGCAGAUACCCAGGGCCGAAGCUAUGGGCCAUGUCUCGACUCCCCUACGCACGCAUGUGCAUCUCUGGCAAGCCAUACCGCAAGAUCCUGGAACUUCACAAGCAGUACGGCGACACCGUCAGAGUCGCCCCCAACGAGCUGUCAUACCUCUCUCCGCAGGCGUGGACCGACAUCAUGGGCCACCGGAAGGACGGGCAGGAAGAAAACGGCCACGAUCCCGAGUUCUACUCCCCUACCAAGGCGGAGAUCUUGUCGUGCGAUCGGGAACGGCACGGUAAGAUGAGACGUCUGCUUUCGCACGGUUUCUCCCGACAGAGAAUGCGAGAGCAGGAGCCCAUCAUCACAUCCUACGUCGACCUGCUGAUCAAGCGGCUCAACGGGCUGUGUGAGUCCGGCAAGAACCACGUGGAGAUGACUUCGUGGUAUAAUUUCACCACGUUCGACAUCAUCGGAGAUCUGACCUUCGGCGAGCCCUUUGGCUGUCUCGAGAACUCCGGCUACCACCCCUGGGUGACUGUCAUUUUCGAUAGCUUGAAGUUCGAUGCGUUCCUGGCUCACGCGAGGCGCUUCAACAUCCUUUCGAAGCUGUUGCAGAGAUGCAUCCCGACGAAGCUAAUCAAGGGCAGGCUCGAAAGCUCAGCUCUCACACGUACUAAUGUCAACCGGAGACUGGCGCUGGGGACGACUCGUCCGGACUUUGCUGAUGCGAUGAUGAAGGAAACACCAUCUUUCUCGCUCAGCCGCGAGGAGCUAUACGAGAACUCCAACAUCUUGAUCAAUGCCGGGUCGGAGACGACUGCUACCGCUCUUUCGGGCGCCACCUACUUCCUCACCACGAACCCCGCCGUACAGGAGAAACUAGCCGCUGAAGUUCGAGGGGCGUUUUCUUCGGAAAGCGAGAUCGAUAUGACGAGCACGGACAAGCUGGAAUAUCUGAAGGCCGUGAUUGAGGAGACGCUGCGAGCCUACCCGCCUCUUCCCACCAUACUGCCGCGUCGAACUGGUCGUCAAGGCCAGAACAUCCUCGGCGAAUGGGUUCCUCCUGAUACUAUCAUCGGCAUAUGGCAGUGGGCCAUGUACCACGACGACAGGCUGUUCACCAAGCCGGAUGAAUUCCAUCCUGAGAGGUGGCUCGGUUCGGAAGACUUCGCUAGCGAUCGCAAGGAGGCCAUGAACCCUUUCCAUGUCGGGCCCAGGAACUGUCUUGGGAUGAACUUGGCUUAUUCGGAGUUGCGCCUGAUAUUGGCAAGGAUCAUCUGGAACUUCGAGUUGAAGCUGGCUCCUGAGAGCCGAGGAUGGCUUGACCAUGAGUGCUACUUGAUGUGGGACAAGCCGCCCCUGAACGUCUAUCUGUCUCGCAGGGUGUGA